AUGAAAGGGAGAAAUACACUGCAAUAUGAUGACUUCGAUCCAACUCAAUUUAAUUGGAAAAAGUUGAUGCCUUUCACAAAGCUGCAGAAGAACUCGGCGUACUACAGUCGCUACCAGACCAAGUACAAGCGCCGCCGCGUCGGAAAGACCGAUUACUAUGCGCGGAAGCGCCUCAUCACUCAAGCCAAGAACAAGUACAAUGCGCCCAAGUACCGCCUCGUCGUCCGCUUCACCAACCGGGACAUCGUCAUGCAGAUCGUCACCUCCGAGAUCACCGGGGACAAGGUCUUCUGCGCCGCCUACUCCCACGAGCUCCGCGCAUACGGUAUCGAGCACGGUCUCACCAACUGGGCUGCCGCAUACUGCACUGGUCUCCUGAUCGCUCGCCGCGUUCUCAAGAAGCUCGGCAUGGACGAGGACUUCACCGGUGUCGAGGAGGCUGAUGGAGAGUACAAGCUCACCGAGGCUGCAGAGGACGAGGACGCCCGCCGUCCAUUCAAGGCCUUCCUUGAUGUUGGUCUUGCCCGCACAUCUACCGGUGCCCGCGUGUUCGGUGCCAUGAAGGGUGCUUCUGACGGAGGCAUUCUCGUCCCACACUCCGAGAACCGCUUCCCUGGUUACGACAUGGAGACCAAGGAGCUCGACGUUGAGACUCUCCGCAAGUACAUCCUCGGUGGCCACGUUGCCGAGUACAUGGAGACCCUUGCCGACGACGAUGAGGAGCGCUACAAGUCCCAAUUCCAAGGCUACAUCGAUGACGAGAUUGAGGCUGAUGGAUUGGAGGAGCUGUACCAGGAGGCUCACAAGGCCAUCCGCGCGGACCCUUUCAAGAAGGUUGACGCUGCCGGCGAGAAGAAGACCAAGGAGGAGUGGAAGAAGGAGGGUCUCAAGUUCAAGGGGCGCAAGCUUUCCAAGGAGGAGAAGGUCGAGAGAGUCAAGGCCAAGAUCGCCGAGCUCAAGUAA